AUGAUUUAUAUUUAUAUUUUUGCUGCCCUUCUUGUGGUAGCCUUGAUCAAAUUUAUAUGGACAAGUCUUAUCAGUCCAAAGGCUCCAAGUGCCUUAGAACCCAAGCAUAAGCGGGAAUAUUUAACUUGCUAAUUGAUAGAGAAAACCAAAUUGAGUCAUGACACAUAUAAUUUUAAAUUUGCUCUUCCAUCUAAGAAACAUGCAUUGGGAAUCGAAGUGGGAUAACACAUUAUCUUACAUGAGCAAAUAAAAACAAGAGAGUAUCCAGAAGGAGAGUUGGUGGAGAGGAAAUACACUCCAACCAGUCCAGUUGAUUAGAAGGGCAAUUUCGAUUUAUUGAUUAAGAUCUAUAGAGCAAAUGAGCAUCCUAAAUUUCCUGACGGAGGUAAAUUAACUUCUUGGAUUGAAAAUAUGACUCCAGGAGAAUCCAUUCACAUUACUGGUCCUGGAGGUCGAUUGAUGUAUUUGGGAUAUGGAAAUGUUUAGAUCAAUAAAAUGCCAUAAUUAUAUAGAAAGAAAUAUAAAAGAAUUGUGAUGAUUGCUGGUGGAUCUGGAAUCACCCCUAUGUAUUAGAUCAUCCAAGCCGUGGCCACAAAUAAUAAUGAUAGAACUCAAUUAGCAUUGCUUUUUGCCAAUAAAUCUGAAUCAGACAUUUUAUUGUACAAUUAGUUGAAGGCAUAUGCUUCCUUGAAAAAGUUGACUCUGCACUUGACUUUGGACAAUCCUCCAGCAUAGUGGGUUGGAUUCUCUGGAUUUGUCACCAAAGAUAUGACUGAACAGGCAUUUGGUAAAUUGGAUAGUCAGACAUUGGCUUUGACUUGUGGACCUCCUAUGAUGAAUUCAUUGGCUAGAACAAAUUUCUAAUCUUUGGGAAUGAAUAGUGACGAUAUUUUUGAGUUCUGAGAAGAGAAAAUAGUGUCAAUUGACAGUUUAAUAUAUAGAAAUCAUAUUUAUUUUAAUUCUUUGUGAA